AUGGAAACUCUGUUGUGUUCCCCAGCACAUAUCGACCACAGUACUUUCUUGCAGACGUUCUGGCCGCUUCCUGCAGCCGACACACCCAUCCUCAGGCAGAAUCCCGCCCCAACCGAUCAUACUGACUUUGGCCUAACCACCGUGGCACAUGAGGUGUGGUUGGUCGACAAGCUGAAGUUGUGCAGCACGCAUAUGCUGUCCAUUGAACCCCCAGUGCGCGAUGAAUCUCUAUGGGGCAGCUAUCAAUGGGGUCAUCUGCAACCCCUCGACGAUGUGCGCCCUGCAUGGGCCCUCCCUCAGGUGCUCUUCCUGUUCACAGACGGGUUUCCUUCGCAAGAGGCCUGUACUCAGAUCAUAGUGAAGUUCGAGCACCAGUUCACUCUCCAGCAUCUCACCGCGCUAUACAUGGUGGUUGUCCACAAUGACUCCCUGCGGCUCGUGCGCUACGACCGCUCGGGCACCAUUGUCACUCCAUGUACAGACUUCAUCAGCGACCCAAUGGUCCUUCCUGAUCUCUUCUGGCGCCUCUCGGUGCUGACUGACGAGCAACUUGGUAUGGAUCCUACGGCUACUCCGAUACUCCCUGGCUCCCCCGAACACGCGUUCAUGGACGACCUCGCUCGCAAACGUGUGGAAACCGACAUAGACUGGCACGACGGGGCCGCAGUACCAGACAUCGCCGACUCGCCCGAUCCUGCGAGCGCACAGCAAUGGAGCAACGCGCGGAGCUGGUUUCGGGAUUCGAUCCACCCGAAGCCCGACGAUCUGCUGUUGGCCCGGGACUUCACAGAUGACCACCCGCGAUGGAAGCUGCACGUACCUGCUGGGGCCGACGCGCCCCCGCACGAGUUCCUCGUCGGGGCGCCGAUCGCGUUCAGUCCCUCCGUGCAGUUGAACACGCUCGACCAGCGGAAUCCCCGCGUCUUCGCGGCAUAUGACUGCACGACGAGGCAGCUCGUGUGCUUGAAGGAUACGUGGAGAACGCACAAGGAGGAGAGAUAUUGGGGCAGACGCGAGGGGCUAGUGCUCGAGAUGUUGAACAAGGCUGGAGUACCAUUCGUUCCGACGCUCGUGUGCGAGGCGGAACUCCCUGGACAGGUGACGCAGACCCAACGGUUCCGGGACAGCGAGGAUGGAUAUGGUACUCCACACAUAUUGGAGGUGCUCGCGCAUUACAGAGUGGUGACGAAGGAGAUUUGUGUAUCCCUCGAGGAGAUCAAGACGAGUCGUCAGUUGGUUCAAAUUAUAGGUGACUGUAUCACUGGGCACGCUGAAGCCGCGAAGUCGUGUAGCAUCCUCCAUGGCGACAUUAGCUAUAGCAACAUCAUGAUCUGCCCGAUUGUGGACUCCACGACAGACCCCGGCAACCCGACUGUGAAGUGGCGCGGGAUGCUCAUUGACUGGGAGCUUUGCCGACCUGUCCCAACGCCGGAGAAUAUCUGGAGGGUCUGCUUCAUUGAUGGUGGGCGCUCAUGGGGGUACGUCUCGGUGGAAUACAUACGCAUCGGACGUAAAGCCCUCAAAACACCAGACGAGCUCGAGUCAUUCUUCUACGUCCUCCUAGAGGCGGCAGCCUACCAUCUUCCCAGCAACCUCGAGGACGAACAAAAGUUUGUGGACGCGUUCUUUUCCACCUCACUCCAACCGGGUGUUUCUACUCAUUGCGGUUGGGGCGUCUCUAAGUGGAAGCUGUAUGCGCUCGACCAGUGUCGCAUCCUCCGUGCACCCGCCAGAGACGGCAGUGAGCUGCGUUUCUACCGGCGCCCCCGCCAGGACGUCGAAGAGGACGGGACUGAGCCGGUCGACCACGCGUUCAAUGCUCUCCUCCUGGAGUACCUCUCGUGGUGCCACGGAGUACUCCGCGUCAACUGGAGACGCCUACGGAGGUAUCCCUAUGACCCGCCUGCUGGGCCCAAUCCCGCGAUAGACGAGCUUGACGUCGAUAAGCUUGCCGCGAAGUUGAAUGACCACGAUGCAGUGCGGGAGUUGUUCGCGUCUGCGCUGAAGGUCUGGCCUGAGUAUCCUGUGGAUCUCGCCCUGCCGGCUGUUCAAUCCGAACCCGGGCGGCCCGAGGAUGGGGAGGCUUCUUCGAAGGCAGCGGCACUGGAUGGUCAGGCUGGAGGAGAGAACGAGCGUGCGCCGGAGGAGAGCGGGGUAGAAGUCGGUGGCGUUAAAGCGCAGAGGAUGACGAAGACGCAAACCAAGGAGCGCAGGAAGCAAACUAACAAAACAGCGGAACGGACAGAGAAGAAAGCGGGCGAAGCGGGUGCAAAUUUGGGGAAGCCGCUCCCGAGCGAGCUCAAGAUUCGAGUCAGUAUCCCUGUUCGAAGCUCGCGGCGCAUUCGGGGUGAACCUGCCCCAGAUCCGGACGAGCCGCCUUCUAAGCGCAGCCGUCUAUAG